AUGCGUUGGAGCGCGUGUUGGCACCUGCUCGUGGCGCUGGCGACCCGCGGCCUCAGCCAGCCCGCGCCCACACUCUGCAACGACGAGGCCUGCCGGUGCGACUCCUUCACGCGACUCAUUUGCAACUGCACCGCCGAUUACGAUGAGGUGACCCUGCGCCCGGACGGGGCGUACCGCGUGCCCUCGACCGCCACCGGCAUCAUAAUCGACGGCUGCGCGCGCGUCCACUUCCUGAGCGACACGGUGCGCGGGCUGGUGCAACUGCGCAGCGUGGAGAUCAGAAACGUGGCGCACGCGGUGGUCGACGCCCGCGCCCUCGCCUGGGCUCCCUUCGCCGCGGACAGCGAGAUGAACCCGGGAAUACGGAUACUCAUCCACAACAGCACUGUCAACGAGAUCGCCUCGCACGCGGUGCAGGGCCGCGUCAACGACGUCGUCAUCAGCGACAGCCGUAUCGACAACCUGAAGCCGUUCGCAUUCUCCAGCCUUACCGGCGUCAAGAAUGUCGAACUCACCAACAACGUGUUCGGCAAUAUCGAAAUCCAAGCUUUCAAAAAGUUCUCCACUUUGAACUUUGUGCUAAAGGGCGGCUCGAUAGGCUUCGUGCCGAGCAGAUUCCUCUCCGACGUGGAGAUAAACAAUCUGUUCCGGAUGGAGGGCGUCACCGUGGAUCGUUUGUCGAGUUUGAGUUUCCUCGUGAGCUCGCCAAAGCGUGUGCUAAUAGAGAGCAACCUUAUCGACUCCGUGGACGGCGACGCGUUCCGUCUAACGUCGCGCGGGCCGAUAACGUUCAGGAAUAACACGAUCAACGCGCUGCGCAAGGGCGCCGUGUUCGGGUUCGCCGUGGAGGCCGACGUGGUGGCGACGCUCGGCCGCCAGGAGCUGCUGCUAGACAACAACACCGUCACAUAUCUGACCCCGUCGUCUCUCCUGUACAACCGAACGGCUUUGACGUUGCGCGUUGACGGCUUAAACAUUAACGUGACGUGCGACUGUGAGCUGGCCGAGCGAUGGCGGCAGGUGGCCAAGGAGCAGGGCGGGAUCAUCAGCUGCUGGUACGCGCUGGAGGGCCACUACAUGUCGCUGCCGACCUACGUGGACAGCCGGUGCGGCUCGUUCAAACAGAACUUUUGGAUAUAUGUGGUGGUGGGCUUGCUAAUGGUCGCCGUCGCCGCCGCUGUCGCGAUAUUCUUCAUAGUGAAGCGUGACAACGAGAAGAAGAAGAAGUUGCAAAUAGUGAUGCCGGACGGCAAGACCUACAGAGAGACAGAGUUCCAUAUCGUGGUGGAGAGAGCAGAGCUCCUCACCACUGAUUUA